ACGUGCAUGACGUCAUAUUGCAAUAUGGCAGCCGAGUAGGUGUGUUAGCUGAGCUCUCGCGUUCUGCCGUUCUGCGUUAUUUACAGCUUGGUUAGCGUCCUCCCGGUCGCAGGUUCCCGAAGGUUUGGCAUAGUAUAUGCUUUCGCCCUGCAGGAUAUUGUCGUCACGUGAGCACCGCUGACGAUUUCUGCAAACGCGGAUGCAUGGCCCGAUGAGAGAAACCUACUUCCCGUUCUAAUUUUUAGGCUUAGUCGCUGCUAGCCUGCGGUGAAGUGCGUGGCAGAAACCCCAGAUUUCGGCAGCUGCCUCUGAUAAAUCAAUAACUCCGACAUGUGGUCGAGCCAGGGCGCCGUUCUAACGUCCUUGGACUGAGCGUAGGUAGCCGAAGAAGCAUGUCGUCGUUCUUCAAGAAAAUAUUUAAUUUCGGUGGGGCCGGAGGAGGGGAUGCCAAACGCCGAAAAGUUUGCAGUAAUAUUCGUUUCGAAGAAAAUCCCGAAGAUUACUGGGAGAUCAUCGGCGAACUGGGCGACGGUGCCUUUGGCAAGGUCUACAAGGCACGUCACAAGAUAACCAACGUGCUGGCUGCAGCGAAGAUUUGUGAACUCAAGGGCGAAGAUGAUUUGGAGGACUUCACGGUUGAGAUCGACAUCCUGGUGGAGUGCAAGCACCACAACAUUGUCGACCUCAAGGAAGCCUUCUUCUUCGAGGGAAAGCUUUGGAUGCUCAUCGAGUUCUGCGAAGGUGGCGCUGUGGACAGCAUCAUGAUAGACCUGGAGAAGCCAUUGACGGAAUCGCAAAUUCGCUACUUGUGCCACGAGAUCUGCGAGGGGCUACGGUUCCUGCACUCGAACAAGGUGAUCCACCGGGACCUGAAGGCAGGAAACGUGCUUCUCACGCUGGACGGCGACGUCAAGAUCGCUGACUUUGGCGUAUCUGCCAAGAACAAGCACACCCUGCAGAAGCGAGAUUCCUUCAUUGGCACCCCUUACUGGAUGGCACCUGAGGUGGUACUAUGCGAGACGUAUCGGGACAACCCCUACGAUUACAAGGCAGACAUCUGGAGCCUGGGGAUCACGCUGAUUGAGUUUGCACAGAUGGAACCGCCGAACAAUGAAAUGAAUCCUAUGCGGGUGCUACUAAAGAUUCAGAAGUCUGAUCCUCCCUCACUUGCACAACCUUCUAAGUGGUCCAAAGAGUUUAAGGACUUCCUUGCACUCUGUCUAAUCAAAGAUCCUAACCAGCGGCCAAGCUCAGAAGAACUUCUAAAGCACCCAUUCAUUGCGAACUCAACCGACAGAAAGCCUCUUAAAGACCUCAUUAGUGAAUACAAGGCCGAGGUCGUCGAAGAAGUCACCGAAGAGCAAGAAGAUGAAAUUCAUGACUACCGAGCAUCACUAAGCAUAGAGAAUGACACGGCGGGCGAGACCAUUUCGAACUUGAGCGAACCGAUUGAAGAGAGUGGAAGGGAAACGAAGCCGGCGGAACCCAAAGCCGCGGAAGUCAAGCCAGAAGAGUUGGCAAAGGAUGCGGCCCCCAAGAAGCCCGAAAGCAAAGCGGAGAGCUUGGAGCCACCGCACCCGCCUGCCCAGGAAGCACCUCCUCCAAAGGAAGAGGCCUUGCUAGACGAAGGGGCAGAGAAAGUUCCUCCUGCCGAGGUGAUGCCAGAAACGCCACCCAAGGUGUCGGUGAAACCGACAAUACCACCCAAAAUGCCUCCAAAGUCUCCAGAGAGGAAAGAGGCACCUGUGGAUGAAAUCCCUCCAUCCACUCCACAAGACGUUGUAUCUCAUCCUCAGUCAUCAACGCCCAUCCGGGGUGGAGAAGUGGUGGUAGUCUCAAGUCUGUCCAUGAUAGAAGACCCCUCUCAACGGGAAGGAGACUCCGAGCUCGAAACUUCCAAGACAGAAGUUGACAAGGCGGACAUGCCUCCGAAGCGACCCGUGGAGCAUGAGGUGACCUUCUCCUCGAAGCACACCAUCCUGGAGGUUGGCGAGGCCGGUCGCUGGGACCUGUCCGGAUCGGUGGACCGCAGCCAUGUUUCGGUGAUCAGUGUGGGUGACCGUGAGGUGGUGAAGGACUCGUCGCUGGUGGUGACAUCGAAGGGCGAGGCCUCCUCUCCGCAGGUGGUGCUGCGGUCGCCCGAGAAGCGCAACUCGUUCCCCCGCAUGCACGACGGGUCGCACAAGGUGCGCGCCACAUUGGUGAACGGCGGCUCGCAUGAGGCGCUCUCGCAGCGCUCUUCAGACGACCGGCCGCCCAAGGUCAAGGUGAAUGUGAAGCUGCAGCAGGGAUCGUCGUCGCCGCCGCCCGUGGAGAAGCAGCCCCGACGUGCGGACGGGGAACGCCCGGACCUGGCGGUGGUGGAGCGCCGACGCAAGGAGGUGUCUGACACAGAGAGCGUGUCGACGCUUGACAGUGUGGGCAGCCGCACGAGCGGCAGCGACAAGGAAAACCGCAAGGAGGAUUGGGAAGCAGCCAAAGAGAAGGUCAGGCCCUCGGAACGCACUACGAACAAUGUGCCUGCAAUUCGCAAAAAGGCCUUGAUGUCUCAGAACAAUGCGGUGGUGCGACCAAAAACACUCAAACGGACACGAAAAUUUGUAAUAGAUGGUGUUGUGAUGACAACUACGACAAGCAAAGUCAUCUACGGUGACCUGGACGAAGACAAACAAGCCAAAGAUUACCACUUCCUCAGGAAGCAAGAGCUGCGAGAGCUGAAGAUGCUUCAGAAGAUGGAGAAUAAGCAAUUCCAAGACUUGGACAUGAAGGAAGAGUUUGCCCGGGAACAGCAGCAAAAAAAAUUUGACCAGGAACUGACUACCCUGCUUCGAGACUACGACAACGAUCUCGAGGCGCUGAACCGCACCCAGAAGCAGCAGGUGGAAAAGGCGGAGCAGCAGCAGGAGCUCGACCUCAAGUACGCUUCAAGGCGCAUCCGCGCUGAGCAGGAACGAGAGCUGAAGUCAUUCCGGGAAAGCCUAAAAAAUGAGGCCAAACUAUUGAAGCAAGAAGUAGAAUUAAUGCCAAAGGAGAAACGGAAGGACAUGUUUAGGGUGCGGAAGGAGAAAAUGGACUUGGAUCAGGCUGAGCGGGAGCGAUUGUUUGUGGAGAAGCUGAAUGAGCAGCACGAGCUGUCCAUGAAGCGGUUGAGUGACAGCCACCGGGAAAAGAUUGCACUUCUUGAAAAGCAAUUCUUGCAGCAGAAGCAACAGCUGUUACGAGCACGGGAGGCGGCGCUGUGGGAGCUGGAGGAGCGGCACCUGCACGAGAAGCACCAGCUGGCCAAGAAGCAGCUCAAGGACGGCUUCUUCCUCCAGCGGCACCAGAUGCUCAUCCGGCAUGAGAAGGAGCUGGAGCAGGUGAAGCGGCUGAACCUGCGCCGGGAGGAUGAACUGCUCAAGCGCCAGACAUUGGAAAAGCGCCAGCUGCCCAAGCGCAUUCGCUCGGAAAUGAAGACUCGCGAGCUCAUGUUCAAGGAAAGUCUGCGCAUCAGCGUCCACAACCUCGAGUCUCCAGACGAGGAGAAGGACCGCCUCCGCAAGUUUCAAGAAGCUGAGAAGAAAAGGUACAAGGCAGAACAUCAGCGACAGGAGCUCAAACACAGGCGUCAGCUCGAAGAACUCAAGGCUGCAUCUGAAGCCACUAUCAAAGAGCUGGAGCAACUCCAGAACGAAAAGCGCAAGAUGCUUAUGGAGCACGAGACGCAGAAACUGAAGCAGCUGGAUGAAGAGCAUGGAGGGGAGCUGCGCGAGUGGAAGGCUAACCUUAAACCACGCAAGCAGAAAUUGGAGGAGGACUUCUACAGGCAGUGUGAAGAGCAGGAGCGUUUUUACGGCACUAGCACGUUCCUCAACGACUAUGCCAACAUGGAUCGUGAGCCAGUGGCUCCUCAGGGGCCUGCGCGGACUGUCGACUCAUCGUACCACCAGGGUUACUAAUUGUUCUGUCCGUCUCUAAAUUACUGUUCCCCAGGUUGACCAACAUCACAGUUGAGUUUUCUUCCAAACUUGCUAACAGGAACAAGCCAGGCUUGCUUCUCUGGUGCUUGAUUAUGUUGCCCAAGGGCAUUGAUUCUCUGGGAACCUUUUGGGGUGAUGUAGUGGCUGAAUGAGCAACUGUAGUCCGGACAAUCUUUGAGAUUGGGAGCUCUCUCAACUUGCUCUAGGUUGAUAAAAUGUUUUGUUGUUUGCAAAGCCGUGGAUAUUAGAAUGUUGUUCGUACUGGACCCGAGUGUUUUGUCUUCCUGUUUGUCUCUUUUGUCACUGUUGAGGUUUGCUGUCACCAGGGGAGAAAUAGGACCCCCUCAACCCUCAUUUCUUUCAUACUGUUGCGAUGUAAUUUCAUGCGGUUUUAGAUGUGUGUUGUGCUUCUGAAGCCGUUUUUGUUUGUGCAUGUCCGUGCAUGCACUGAAUGCUCGAGCGCAUUUUGUGUCCGGCCCUGUUUUGAAGAGCCUGUGCAAUGUGCCUGGCAAUGGUUUUAGGCACACUCAUUUUGCAAGUGCUGAAGACCUUUGCAACAUGAUGACUGCUGCUUACGAGUGUCACUACCUCUGUUUAAGAGCAGGUACGGUCAAACUUAAAGACACUCCCUUUCCCUGUUUGCAAUUCAGUAAACCUCAUUCUAGAGGCUUUUGCUCUCUUGGGCUGAUGUACAACAUUACUUACAUAAAAUAGUGGCAGUAGUGCUUGAUUGUCCAGCAUUAAGCAAACCUGUGGUGCUUCCACUGCUGCAGGUGAGGUGUGUACAUUGUUGAAAAGUGCAGACUUAUUGCUUGUGAUUGUGCCUGUAAUUAAUGCAGUGUGACUGAGUAAAGCUGCUGUUCCUGUAACUAUGUUUGAUAAAUUGGUGUUUUUUUUUUUGUUGUUCAAGUGUUCAGCCUUUUUUUUAUAGUGGUAUUGUGUACAGAAUGCAUAUGCCAUGUGUCUUAUAUUAUGCAAGUGAAAGGAGGUAAGAUCCAUUGUCUUAACUUGAACUAACGUGACGUGUGUUAGUUUGAACCAACAUGAUCUAUGCAGCCUUUGAUUUCUUUGCCUUCCAUUGUUGUCUUCAGUUCUCGGCUGCUCGGACUGUCUUCUGAAAGUAUUUGGACAAAGGUGAGCCAGAUACAGCUUGUAUCUGCAGGAAUGCACUGUUAAGCGUUGCAAGGUAUCCCAGUGUCGGUGAAAGUUGUUGAUUUUUUUUUUUAGCUUGUGCAGGCAUGUUGGUAUGUAAUGGCGACAUGACAGCAUUGACCACAUGUAGCCUUAUUUUAACUGCGAAGUCAGGCGCACUGUUAACUAAGUCAGCAGUCGACCUUGCCCAGGCCACUCUGCCGUGGUGCCGUUUCGGUAGAGUCGCGAGAAUGGCCCUUUGUCCCAUGCGUUUUGUUUUUGGGCAAGGACAGAAGGGCUAGCUGCAGAGACCGGCUCCUUUCCUCAGUCGGUGUCAGUUGUCAAGGUCACAUGUCUAAGAGUGCAUUGUCGUGGCUGGCAUAAUUAACAGUUCGGCAGACUGUACAUAAAGUUCUUUAUGCCUCUUCGUAGAAACUAAUACUACUUUUCAUACUGUUCUGAAAAGAACCCAAUAUUUUUACUUUUAGAAUGUGCGGUAUUUUUCACAACCUUGCUGAGCAUAAUAAAGCUGAAGAUGUUUCGAAGUA